CCGGUCAGCAAUCCUCUUCUCCUCCUCCUUCUCUGCUCCUCCGCCACCUCCUUCCUCCUGGAGCUUCCCUCCUACUUCUUCCUCUUCUGGUUCGCUUCCUCUUCUUCCCUGCUUUGCUACUUCCCUCUCCAGCGAAGUCUUCUUCCCUUACUCCCUUCCUCGUUCUUUCGGAUUCUCCCUCUGUCCUUCCUUCCUUCUUGCGCCCUGCCGGUUGGUAUCUUCUGGUCCCGCAGUUGGCGAAGGCAGACUGGAGAGUUCGAUUCUCUUCGAGUGUGCGAGGUUCAACGGGAAGAAAGAGAGAGAGAAAGAGGAAGAGAGACAACGGGGGAGGCACACGGAGACCGCGGACACAGCGCGAGAGCACACACGAGCUCUCACGGUACCAAGGAGAGAAGCCUCUCUCUACCGAUCCCUUCGGCGGAGGAAUUCUAGCUGGCGUGGCUCGGUGGACGCCUCCACCUUCCUUCCCUCCACCCGAGUUCAUUCAGAGCCCUCCCUGGAUGGGACGGUCCGCACACCACGUCUACUCGGUGCCGGGUUCCCCGCGAUAUUUUGUGACUGCCUGUCCGUGCGGUGGUGCUCGUGUUAGCCUGUGCUUCUCGGCUCCCUAGACCCAUCGCGGAAUAGGGAGGUCGAAAUGACCCGGUUGGGAUUGCGGCUCGUCGCAUCCGCAGUCUUCCUGACCGGGAUAGUCAGUGGGCAAUAUAAUUACUCAUCAUGGUCGAAUCCUCAACCAGUUGUCCCACUAGGACGAGGUGAUAUCGGCAAACCGAAUAGUACGGACGACGAUUAUAAUGUUUCAUCACGAUGGAGACCCUUUGUAACGAACGAAGGAGAUUUAGAGGAGUCAGAUAGGAGGUACUUAGACAAUCAAGGCCAAAAUUACGAUGACCGUUACAACCGGUAUCCGGAUGGCGAUGAAUACGGACGCAGAACCGAUGAUUCUGGAGGCUAUGAAAGCGGCGUGGAUCGAGGAUCCUACAGCCACGGACAGGAACAAGGACAAGGCCCUCUUGAUCCCUACAAUCGAGAAGCCGGCGAUCCUUAUGGAAGAUCCCGAGGUUACGAGGAUACUUAUGGAAGUGAAGGCAGAGGGGAACAGGAUUCUAGAGAUCCUUACGGCGACGGAGAAAAACGUCCGGGAUCCAGAGACGAUUAUGACCGUUUAGAUCCUCACGGUCGCGGGUACUCUCAAAGGGGUGGAGGAUUCGGCGCCGCCGGGGGCUCGGACACUUAUCCGAGCAGUUACACGGUCGUGCCGAUGCCUGGAUACACUCAAAAGUGCAACGGAACGGGCUGUUGCGUGCCGAAAUGCUUUGCAGAGAAAGGAUCCAGGGGUCCUCCAGGUGUAAUGGGACCACAGGGUCCCAAGGGUCAACAAGGUUUCCCUGGAACAGAAGGUCUGUUGGGUCCAAAAGGAGACAAAGGCGAUCCCGGUCCUCAAGGUUCACGUGGACCGAAGGGUGACACUGGUAAAAUGGGUAUGCCAGGAUUCCGCGGUAUUCCCGGUACUCCCGGACAUCCUGGCUUGCCAGGAGCCUCUGGUCUACCUGGUCGCGAUGGCUGUAACGGUACAGAUGGUGCACCUGGUCUUCGUGGUUACCCUGGAGAGCAAGGACCACGCGGUUUCCGUGGUCCACCCGGCCAUAAGGGAGACAAAGGUCAGCCAGCGUUCGUUGGUAUGUUCUCUGUCGGACAGAAAGGAGAACCGGGGAUUGAUGGCGUAAGAGGACCUCCAGGACCACCAGGAGCUCAAGGAGAACGAGGAUAUACGGGACCUAAGGGCGAACGUGGUCCUUACGGUCCACGUGGUAUUCCGGGACCAAAAGGAGAGAAAGGUUCGAUGGGUCUUGGAUAUCAGGGCUCGAUGGGUGACAAAGGCCAAAAGGGAGAACCUGGUCCUCCCGGAACGGCUCUAGUACCAUUCGAAGGAGGCCCAGAAGCAGUAAAAGGAUCGCCCGGCGAACGUGGAGAAAAAGGAGACAAGGGUGACACGGGACCGGACGGUCAAAAAGGAGAACCAGGAUUGAUUGGUGAUCACGGUAUAACUGGCACUCCGGGCGGAAAAGGAGAAAAGGGUCUUCCAGGUGCUCCGGGUAUACGAGGUAGGGACGGUUUCUCUGGUCCCCCAGGUCCUCCUGGCUACAAAGGUGAUCGGGGUUACGAUGGACUGGAUGGUCUUCCUGGACGGCCUGGCCAAAAAGGAGAAAUGGGUCGAGAUGGGUCUAUGGGUGUUCCAGGAUUGCGUGGGCCUCCCGGUCCACCUGGAGGUGGAAAAGGUACACCAGGUCCGCCUGGACCGAAAGGCCCUCAAGGUUUUCCAGGACCCCCGGGACCACGUGGUUCAGAUGGAUAUCCGGGAGAGCCGGGACCAAGGGGUCCCAUAGGUUUGCACGGUGGUCCUGGUGAAUCAGGUAUUCCUGGUCCUGAAGGAUUACCCGGAGAUAAGGGACAGAAGGGAGAGCCUGGAAUUACAGGAUUCCCUGGACCUACAGGUCCUCGUGGAUUCGAUGGCAUUGCAGGAUCUCCAGGUCCACGAGGUUUGCCUGGAGAAAAAGGAUUGUCCAUUGUUGGUCCUAAAGGAAUGGAUGGAAUACCUGGCUUGAAAGGAGACAAGGGUCAAAAGGGAGAACGUGGUUACAUGGGCUCGCGCGGUUUCCCGGGAGAUUCUCUGGAUGGCAUUCCAGGACUCCCAGGCGAAUCUGGCCUGCCUGGGGAACCGGGAACUCCAGGAAAAGACGGUACACCAGGAUAUCCAGGGCCGCCUGGCGAAAAAGGAGAACUGGGAGGACGUUGUCAAGAUUGCUUCCCGGGAUUGCCUGGUCUUAAAGGUGACAAAGGCUUGGACGGUGUACCUGGACACCCUGGUUUAAGAGGUCCGCCUGGAGAACGAGGAUUCCCUGGAGAACCCGGAGCUGACGGAUUGCCUGGACAAAUUGGUCUACCUGGAGCACCGGGAAAAGAUGGCAUACCUGGAGUCUCAGGUCCCCAAGGAGAACCUGGUACACCGGCGACGGUUUCUUUGAAUAUGCUUAAAGUGGAAAAAGGCGAGAAAGGUAUAAGAGGUGAACCAGGAAGACCCGGCCCACCAGGGCCCGUAGGACCUGUUGGGGAGAAAGGUGCUAUGGGAUUUGAAGGUUUCCCGGGUCCUAAGGGUAUCGCAGGAGAUCGUGGUUUCCCUGGUCAAGAUGGUAUUUCCGGAAGGCCAGGUAUUCCAGGUCUAAAGGGAGCGAGUGGUCUUAGUAUAAAAGGAGAACCUGGAGAACCUGGUCGCCCUGGAUUCCCUGGUUUGAAGGGUGAACCUGGUUUGUAUGGACAGAAGGGAGAAGCUGGCGAAUGUCCACCAUUCGAAAUUAAGGAGGGACAGAAGGGAGACCGUGGUACUCCUGGCGAAAAGGGAGAACCAGGUCCACCAGGAAGAGACGGAUUAAUUGGUGACAAAGGUUUACAAGGUUUCGAGGGCCCUCCUGGACCAUCAGGAGAUAUUGGUGCGCCGGGGCCGGUCGGACCACGAGGAUUACCAGGUCCUCGCGGUGACAAGGGCGACAUGGGACCUAUGGGCUUCCCUGGAGAACCUGGUCGUGAAGGCCCCAGAGGAUUCCCAGGUGCUCCAGCUCCGAAAGGAGACAAGGGUGAACCCGGAAUAUCGAUGAAGGGUAGUCCAGGAUUGCCAGGACCUGUAGGAGAGAAAGGAGAGAAAGGCCUCCCAGGACCACCAGGAAAGGAUGGUCCCGCAGGCUUCCCAGGUCUACCAGGAUUUAUGGGAGAGAAGGGUGAUGCUGGCAUUCCAGGAAUAAGUGGCUUACCUGGUGCACCGGGAGAAAAGGGAGACACCGGUCCGAUUGGACCAUCAGGACCGCCUGGUGUGGCAGGAGCUCCUGGCAUCGACGGAGCCAAAGGUGAACCGGGAGUAGCAGGAAAUCCUGGUAGAGCUGGUCUUCCAGGAUUUCCAGGAACGAAAGGCGAUCGUGGCGAACCAGGUAUCGAUGGGUCGAAAGGUUAUCCAGGAAGACGUGGUCCCCCUGGUUUGCAAGGAAGACCUGGUGGUGAGGGUGCGCCGGGAAUGAAGGGAGAGCGUGGUGAAAAAGGCUCAGCUGGUUUCCCUGGAUUACCUGGAAUGGAAGGAAAACCUGGCCGUACAGGAUUAACUGGGGAAAAAGGAGAUCUAGGCCCUGUUGGGCCACCUGGUUUCCCUGGUAUUCCUGGAGGUGAUGGACUUAAGGGUGACCGUGGUCUACCAGGACUACCGGGUGCGAAAGGAGAAGCAGGAGAAGUAUCUGAGAAAGGGCAAAAGGGUGAGCCGGGAAUGCCAGGAAUUCGUGGUCCUCGUGGUCCACCCGGGAGAGACGGCAUUGAUGGCGAGAAAGGAGAAAAUGGACUGCCUUGCAUCGGUAGGGAUGGAGCGCCUGGUCCUAAAGGAGAACCUGGUAUACCAGGUCGCGAUGGUAUACCAGGUCUUCAAGGCUUGAAAGGUGAUGCCGGAGUUCGUGGAUUCACCGGACCUAAAGGAGACCUGGGACCGGUUGGUGCACCGGGUGAACCCGGAACACCUGGAAUUGAUGGAUUGCCGGGUGAACGAGGCGACAUCGGCCCAUCCGGACCACCUGGAUUCCCUGGUUUGGCUGGUGACAUGGGCGCUCCUGGACGUCCUGGACUUAACGGUGUCAAAGGAGACCGUGGUAUUCCAGGUCCUGUUGGUCUUCCUGGUAUCCCUGGAUCAUAUGGAGAGAAAGGUGAUCGCGGUCCACCUGGGCCGACAGUUGCUAUGAAAGGCGACAAAGGUGAACCAGGUAUUCCAGGACUCUUGGGUAUUCCUGGAGAGAAGGGCGAUCGCGGAUUAGAAGGGCUUGUUGGAAACGAUGGCGAGAAGGGAGACCAGGGUCCACCAGGUCUAGUAGGAAAUCCAGGCCCACCUGGUUUUCCGGGACCAAAAGGUGACGCGGGACUUCGUGGACCUUCGGGAGUUGCUGGAUUGACAGUCAGAGGCGAGAAAGGUUUGCCAGGAAUGCCUGGAAAGCACGGACGCGAAGGAAUACCGGGACGGCCAGGAGAUAAAGGAGAGCAAGGGUUGCCUGGUUUGCCUGGACAUAAAGGAGAUCAAGGUCCUUAUGGUCCUCCUGGACCACAGGGUGAGAAAGGUGAUGCCGGUCUCCCUGGUCCCCCCGGCUUGCCAGGUCGGGAAGGACUACCAGGACUUGUAGGUCCGCCAGGAUUGUCGGGUGAGAGAGGCGAAAAGGGAGAACCUGCUAUAUCAUGGCCUGGAGAAAAGGGUGCAAAGGGUGAACCAGGAUUGCCAGGACAAAGAGGAUACGAUGGACUAGCUGGUGAAAAGGGUGACAAAGGUGAUAUAUGCUUCCCUGGUCCGCCUGGAAUUCCUGGAGAAAAGGGUGACAGAGGAUAUCCUGGUAGAGAGGGAUUGAUGGGUACCAUUGGAUACAUUGGACCGAAGGGUGACAAGGGUGAAGACUGUAUCGAGCCACCAAUGGGACCAAAAGGAGAUCGUGGUUUCCCUGGUCCAGCUGGGCCACCAGGUCCGCCAGGCGAGAAAGGACUUCCAGGACCGCCAGGAUUCCCGGGAUUGAACGGAGUAAAGGGUGCGCAAGGGCUUUCGGGUCCUCCAGGACCAGUCGGUUUACCAGGUUUGCCAGGACCCGUCGGUGCGCCCGGUCUACCAGGUCUUCAGGGUCCUGUGGGCGUACCGGGACCCACUGGAGAACCAGGAUUACCUUGUGAAGUCGCGCCUGAUUACCUAACUGGUAUCCUGUUGGUGAAACACAGCCAAAGCCAAGCAGUGCCAGUUUGCGAGGCUGGACACAUCAAACUCUGGGAAGGGUACAGCUUGCUGUGGACGGAUGGCGAUGAAAGAGCGCAUUCGCAAGAUUUAGGUUACGCCGGCUCGUGCGUACGAAGGUUCUCGACGAUGCCGUUCCUCUUCUGCGACGUGAACAACGUCUGCCACUACGCCAGCCGCAACGAUCGUUCUUACUGGCUGUCGACCAAUAGUCCAAUUCCCAUGAUGCCUGUUGAGGAGACGGCAAUAGAGGAGUACAUCUCCAGAUGCGUGGUUUGCGAGGUUCCAGCGAACGUUCUAGCCGUGCACAGUCAAUCACUGAGUAUUCCAGAAUGUCCACAAGGUUGGUCCGGCCUCUGGAUUGGCUACAGUUUUAUCAUGCACACCGGUGCCGGUUCCCAGGGCGGAGGACAGUCCCUGUCUAGUCCCGGAUCUUGUCUGGAAGACUUCCGCGCGACGCCGUUCAUCGAGUGCAACGGCGCCAAAGGACACUGCCAUUAUUACGCGAACGAGUUCAGCUUUUGGAUGGCCACCAUCGAGGACAGGCAACAGUUCCAAAGGCCCGAGAAACAGACCCUGAAGGCAGGCAACCUCAGGUCCCGCGUCAGUCGCUGUCAAGUGUGUAUAAAGAACACGUAAAUCCAAGCGAAAAACAAACGAUAAACCCAGCGCGUUUUUAUUUUUGCUCUUAUAUUUCCUUUGUCACUCAUUUACUUCUACUUUCGUCCCGCUUUUUAUUCUAUUCCACUCUCUCUCCCUCUCUCUCUUUAUCUACUUGUCUCAUGUUUAAACGACGCCAAUCAUCAGUAUCGCUAACUAGAACGUUAAAAAACGGAGUCUAGCCUGGAAGGAAAAGAUCGUUCACAAUUGCGAUAAGAAUUCGCGGCGGCCACGUCGAAAUAAAGAGAAUCCAGAGAGGGAGAGAAUUCGACUCCGACUUCCGCCGCGGAAUAUCUUGCCCCCAUUAUUUUAAUCCCGUCUACUCUUUUUCCCUGAUCCACUUUCCUCUCUACUCUUCGUUUUUCUCCUAUUCUUUUUCUUCUCAUUCCUUCUGUGACGCUUCUACUACUGUCCUUAUUCGUCUCCCCUCGUGGCGAGAAUCUCGUUCCACGCUCGUUUCCCAUAACCGCUCGCUCGUCUUCUGAAUCUCCCGCGAAACGCUGCCCUACACCACGGUGUUCCGUGUACGCCUUAAGUUUUACUGUCUUUAUAACUAUUCAAGGAAAAAAAAAAAAUCAAGUGCCUAGCGUACUAUUCUCUAGCAUGUAAAAUAAUAUAUAUGUAAAAGUCUUAUUAUAAAUAUUAUAUGUAUAUUUAUAUCUCGUAAAUCUUGUACGAAGAGAUAAGUUUAUCGUACUACUACGGACACUGCCCAUAUCCAAUAUGGCACACUUUACAUAUUGUAUAUUAAUAUAAACGAUCUUAGCCUGGUAAUCGUUGUGAAGCCAAAUAUUUAAGUAAAUAGGUAUUUUGCUACCGUAGCUAAUAAAAUUCUAUUUUCAAACUUCA